UUUUGGUCAUUUUUUUUAAAAUUAAAACACCCAACAAACAUAAUUCAUUAACUUUGAUAUUCAAUGGCUAAUAGUAGUUUAAUAUCUGAUGUCAUAUUAAUUAGUAUGUGAAGAUUAUUAGCACAACAGAUGUUGGAUGUAAAUACAUAUAUUUGACUACCUCCGUCCAUUUCCGUUUUCUCUUCUUCACCUCCCUUUUCUUCUUUUCAUCAUUUGUUUUAUGCCUCACUUUCACACACAUUUCUUUACCUAAUUUUCCUCCUUCGAUCGGUCUCUUUGUUCAUUUGCUUUUGUCUUCUAUUUUUAGGAAGAUAUACUCAAUAAUAAUACCGUUACUUUUCAUCAUCUGGCCAAAAAUCCAAACUUUUUUCAAAUAUUUGUCCAGAUUCCUUAAGCUCCGCUGUUUUUUUCUAUUUAUUUGUAUGGAUUUUCCUAUGAAGGGUUCCUUUUGAUCCUUCAAUUCUUUUUCUGUUUUUUUUUCUUAUUUCCUCUCAAUUCUUCAAACUUUUGGGAUCUCUUUCUUUAAUUAGUAUUUAUAUGUUUGAUUCCAUAUUCAUCUCUUGCUCUGGGGUCUCUGGCCGGUAAUUAAUUGUAUUCAUUCAAGAAAAGAAAAAAAAAAAAAAAAAAAAGAUGUAUGGAGGGGGAAGUGGGACCCACCAGAGCAAAAGAGAGAUGAGCUUGGAAUACCAGGCACAAAUAUCAAUACUAAGACCAAGUAUCCGUGCAAGAAGAGCAAACAUGACAGUGAAAUUCCAAGAUGUCCAUGGUUUCACAGUUGAAGGGAAUGUUGAUGAUGUGAAUGUGUUGAAUGAGGUUAGAGAGAAGUUGAGGCAACAAUGUAGGGUUUGGUGGGCUUUAGAAGCAAACAAAGGUGUCAAUUGGUAUUUAGAGACACAUGUCUCUUCAACACUUAAGUCUUCUCUCAAAUUCUCUGCAUUGGUGAAUGCCAUCACCCUCAAGAGGCUUAUCAAGAAAGGAAUCCCUCUUAAUUUCCGGCCGAAAGUCUGGUUUUCUUUAUCCGGUGCCGCUAAGAAGAAAUCCACCGUCCCCGACAGUUAUUACAAUGAUAUGACCUCUGCUGUUUUCGAUAUGGUUACCCCUGCUACCAAGCAGAUUGACCAAGAUCUUCCUCGAACUUUCCCUGGUCACCCGUGGUUGGACACUUCAGAUGGGCAUUCUGCACUUCGGCGGGUUCUUGUUGCCUAUUCUUUCAGAGAUUCUGAUGUUGGAUAUUGUCAGGGUCUAAAUUACGUCGCAGCAUUGUUGUUGCUUGUAAUGAAAACGGAAGAAGACGCGUUUUGGAUGCUCGCUGUGCUAUUAGAAAAUGUGCUAUUUAAUGAUUGUUACACAUACAAUUUAUCUGGAUGUCAUGUGGAUCAAAGAGUAUUCCGAGAUUUGCUAGCCAAGAAGUGUCCGAGGAUAGCUACUCAUUUGGAAGGCAUAGACUUUGAUGUUUCUCUUGUUUGCACAGAGUGGUUUUUAUGCCUAUUUUCUAAAAGUUUGCCUUCUGAGACGACUUUGCGUGUGUGGGACAUACUUUUCUAUGAAGGGGCAAAUGUUUUAUUCAAUGUAGCAUUAGCAAUUUUUAAGAUGAACGAAGAAGAGCUGCUUGUGACACAUCAGGUUGGUGAUGUGAUCAAUGUAAUACAGAAAACUACUCAUCACCUAUUUGAUCCCGACGAAUUAUUAACGGUUGCCUUUGACAAGAUAGGGUUUACGACGACCACCACUAUAUCAAAGCAAAGGAAAAAGCAAGAACCGGCAGUCAUGGCGGAGCUUGAUCAGAGAUUAAGACGACUAAACUCCCUUCAUGAAAAUGGUGAUGAAAAUUAAUGAUUUUUUUAUUUUUUUCGGUUUUGUGCUGAAAAUCAUUGGAUUACUGCAGCAAGUAAUAAUAGACAUUUUAUAAAAAAGAAAGAAAUACAAGGUUGUAUUAUGUAUAGUAUAACAUUGGCUGGGCCAAAGUGGUAAACUAGUAGAGUAAAUAUAUAGCUGUAAAUAUAUGUUGUGGAUAUAUGCAUAUUUGCUUGAUUAGUGAAUUUUGCCUCUUGAGUGAAAGUUGGUCCUCCAACUCUAUCACUUCUAAAA